UCCAACUUUGUGCUGCAUUUCUGAUCCUGCCUGGAGUCUAGGCAGAAAAUGGAGGCUCAUUUCAUCAUAUUUAGCCCGCUGCCCCGUCUUCGCCGACCUCCUCCACUCCGUGUUCGCACCUAGCGGCCUCCGAAAGUCGACUUUUGACGGAAUUUGCGCCCCCAGUCUGGACUUUUUCUUGUUCCUUCUAUCACAUGGCGCACACUGGCAUCAUGGUUUGGCUCUGCAUUGCCCACACCCACAGCUGCAUUUCCUGGAACAAGCUGCAACCUGAGCCUUGAGGCUCCCACCAUGGAAUGCUUGUAGUAUCCAGGAUUGCCUCCGUCUUCUCCAUCAGGAAUUAGAAACGCAGUCAGAGGGAAACGACACAAGAGGCGGGCUUCUAAAUCCAGGCCUCUGCGCUGAGCUCCUGGAGGCCUUUUAUCUAUUUAGGUCAGCCGGGUGGAGAGGGUCCAGUUGAGCAAGUGCCAGUUGGUGUGCGGUCGUCUCCCCCGUUUUAGAGUAGGUGCCUGCCCGGGGGCGGGGGCUAGGGGGGCACAGAGGCCAUGAGGCCCAAGACGUUCCCAGCUGCCCCGUACGUGGGCAACACACGGCAGAGGCUCCAGGAGAUCAAGGAGGGCCUGAAGCAGCCGGCCAAGCUGGUGAGCCAGGCGCUGCAUGGCGGCAGCUCCCGUUCCGAGGGGAGCAGGGCGGCCGAUUCAAAGAGCGGGAAGGACACAGCCAACCGGCAGCAGCAGCUCCGGCCGCCACAGAAAUUCAACAACUACCAGAGCGCUCUGCGAGAAAUCCGCAGGUCCCUCAUGCCGUUUGCCAACGAGUCGGGGGAGGCCGGAGAGGUGAACAGGCAGAUGCUGCAGGAGCUCGUCAACGCUGGCUGCGACCAGGAAAUGGCAGUGCGGGCACUGAAGCAGACUGGAAGCAGGAAUAUCGAAGCGGCCUUGGAGUACAUCAGUAAAAUGGGUUACCUUGACCCUCGCAACGAGCUCAUUGUUAGGGUCAUUAAGCAGACUUCACCAGGAAAAGCCGGCAUGCCGAACGGGAUGGACCACCGUCCCGCUUUAGAGGCUCAAGGAGAGGCCGGCGCCCUGCCUCCAUAUCAUCAGAUGGGGGCAGCAGGUUACGGCCCUGAGAGCGACCUGACCAGAGCCUACAUGGGCGCUCCCCCUGUCAUGAACUACAUGAUGCCCCCGUCGAGUGCGGCUCAGGGUCCCGCUAUGGGCAACCCGAUGGGCCGGCCUCCCAGUAUGGGCAGCUAUCCUCCGGUGAUGCCCACCCAGAGCAACCCGGGCAGCGCCAUGUACCCACCGGGCGCCCCGCAGAAGGCCUACCCCGGCAGCAUGGAGCAGCACGGGCCCAUGAUGAGCUACAACCACCAGGGUCAGCCGCUGCAGCUCCAGCCGCAGCCACCGGGGGGACCCGUCCCAGGCCCGCACUAUGAAUACGCUCAUGCCAGGCAGCACAUGAUGGAACCGGCCGGAUACGGGGUCAAGAGGACCCCCUCCUUCCAGAACAAGAUGCAACCGCCCCCAAUGGGACCUCCAGACAACUACGUCAACAUGCAGGCGAAAGGGGCAAUGUCUCAGAACGGGACGGCGGGCGGAGGAUACCCGGCCAACCUGUAUCUGUCCACUCACUCCCACCCCCGCCAGGCCAGCCCCACAUCCCACCAGGUCCACAUGAUGUCCCGGUCCCCCGGCGGCGUCCCACCAAUGGGCCCUGAGUUCUCAGACCUGCCUCAGGGUAUGAUGACCCCCUCCAGAGCCAGCCUCAACCUGGACCUGUAUGAGCACCAUUGGGCCGGCCCCCCGGGUGCUGACGGGACACCAGGGGCCAGGCCUCCCCAGCCCCAGGGCCCGUUUAGAGGGGAAGUACGGGUUCCCAGCAGAACAAAUUCCUUCAACAGCCGCUCCGCUGCUCCGAACGGCGUUAGACAGACCAUAACUGCACCCCCGACUGCCGGGAAGCAGGACUCCUCUAUGGGGCCUCCAAACACCAUCACAGCUGUGACGUCCCCACCCAUCCAACAGCCAGUCAAGAGCAUCCGCGUGAUGCGACCAGAACCCAAAACGGCGGUGGGUCCGUGCCAUCCAGGUUGGAUGACGGCUCAGGCGCCGGACGCGGCAGAACCCCUGCCCUACAUGCCGGAGGAGACUUACCCGCUAGAGCCCGCCCAGGAGCCGCGUUGCCCCCCUCCACCGUACCCAAAGAGCCUGCUCAUACCUGCAGGAGAGCCGGGGGUUCUGGAAGGAGGCGGAGCUAGCGGCCCAGAUCUCAGCAACGCCACCGCCAGAGGCAGCCGCAGCAGCAGCGGGGGGAGCGGGAAGGCCGAGGACAGCCAGCAGGUCAAAGAGAAGACGAAGGCGGGCAAGGGAGAGAAAGCGGUGAAAGACAAGAAGCAGAUCCAGACAUCACCCGUUCCCGUCAGAAAGAACGGACGGGACGAGGAGAAGAGAGAGUCGCGCAUCAAAACCUACUCGCCUUUCGCCUUCAAGUUCUACAUGGAGCAGCACAUCGAGAACGUGAUGAAGACGUACCAGCAGAAAUUCAACCGGAGGCUGCAGCUGGAACAGGAGAUGUCCAAGGCUGGCCUGUCGGAGUCAGAGCAGGAGCAGAUGAGGAAGAUGCUGAACCAAAAGGAGUCCAACUACAACCGACUACGCCGGGCCAAAAUGGACAAGUCCAUGUUCGUCAAAAUCAAGACUCUCGGCAUCGGCGCCUUCGGUGAAGUAUGCCUUACGCGGAAAGUUGACACCGGUGCACUUUAUGCCAUGAAAACGCUGCGCAAGAAAGACGUCCUCAACCGCAACCAGGUGGCCCAUGUAAAAGCAGAGCGUGACAUCCUGGCAGAAGCAGACAACGAGUGGGUGGUGCGCCUCUACUACUCCUUCCAGGACCGCGACAGCCUCUACUUUGUCAUGGACUACAUCCCCGGAGGAGACAUGAUGAGCCUCCUCAUCCGGAUGGGGGUCUUCCCCGAACACCUGGCGCGCUUCUACAUCGCCGAGCUGACGCUGGCCAUCGAGAGCGUCCACAAGAUGGGUUUCAUCCACCGCGACAUCAAGCCCGACAACAUCCUCAUUGACUUGGACGGUCACAUCAAGCUGACGGACUUCGGCCUCUGCACGGGCUUCCGUUGGACGCACAACUCCAAAUACUACCAGAAAGGGAGUCACAUCAGGCAGGACAGCAUGGAGCCCAGCGACUCCUGGGACGACGUGUCCAACUGUCGCUGUGGCGACCGGCUGAUGACGCUGGAGCAGCGCGCCAACCGGCAGCACCAGCGCUGCCUGGCCCACUCGUUGGUUGGAACGCCAAAUUACAUCGCCCCGGAGGUUCUGCUGCGCAAAGGCUACACUCAGCUGUGUGACUGGUGGAGUGUGGGAGUGAUUCUUUUUGAGAUGUUGGUGGGACAACCACCUUUCCUCGCUCCAACACCUACAGAGACUCAGAUUAAGGUCAUCAACUGGGAAAGCACCCUCCAGGUGCCGCCGCAGGUCAAGCUAAGCCCAGAGUCUGUGGAUAUCAUCGGUCGACUGUGCUGCUCCGCCGAGGAGCGUCUGGGCGCCAACGGCUCCAGCGAGAUCAAGGCCCAUCCUUUCUUCUCAGAGGUAGACUUCUCCAGUAACCUGCGCCAACAGCCGGCUCCCUACCGGCCCAAGAUCGCCCACCCCAUGGACACGUCCAACUUUGACCCCGUGGAGGAGGAAGGGGGGCCCGGGGCGUGGAGUGACAGCGGCGACAGCACCCGGGCCCUGGACGUGCUCUGCUCUCCGCACGGCAAGCACCCAGAGCACGCCUUCUAUGAGUUCACAUUCCGGAGGUUCUUCGACGACAACGGCUGCCCCUUCCGCUACCCGAAGCCCCCCGAGGCCGACGCCUGCCUGAGCGUCCCCAGUUUGGGCCCGGAGGAGGGCGAGGAGACGGAGGAAGAGGAGGAAGUGGAAGACGACGAAGAGGAAGGAGAGGGAGGGGAGGGAUGCGAGCCGGUGUACGUCUAGAGCCGUUUGCUCCUCACUGCCGCUGGAGGUGUGCAUCGGUGUGGAGAGGCUGAACAUGUCUGUGUAAAGCAGGAGCAGGAUGAGAGGCACAUCGCCCCCUAGUGGGCUGACUGCAAAUCUCCUCCAAUCUGGGACCAACUAACAGCAGAAAGAUAGAAACCAAGAGGAAGCAGACGGGAGUUGAAUAUCAUUAUUAUUAUUAUUGCUAUUGUUAUUAUUCCUGGAGGACCGGUUUUCUGCGUCUGGUUCUCCCAGCGGUUUCCUGUCCCAUUCCUUCCACCAUCGGUCUUACGGAUGAUUGAAACACCUGGAGAACUGCUUCUUGUUCUGCUGCUUUGCACUCACGGCGAUGUGACGGGUGGAACCAGUUUACGGACUGACUGCGUCUCUAUCACAGCUUCUGCAAAAUAAGCUAAAAAAGACGAUGACUCACACGCACGGCCACGCUUACUCAGUAUGACCCCCGGACGUACAGCGCUUCCUCAUCUUGGGUUCAUGAACCUUGACCUUUUUUUUUUUUUUUUUUUUCACUUUUUGCCAUGUUGACAACCACAAACCUCAGUUUAUUAUUGGAUUUUAUGUGAUUGACCAACUGAAAGUAGCACAUAAUUGUGAAGUGGAACGAAAGAGAAUUUCAAAUGAAAAUCUGAAAAGUGUGGCACACAUUUCUACUCACAACCAAUGAGUUGAAUCAUUUUCGGUGCAUGCUUACCAGCUGGAGACUUUGCUUCCCAGGAGAGCAUCUGUUAACAACUUCAUUUUAUUUAUUUUUUUGCCACAGAUUCUUGAUUGGGCUUACGUCCAGACUUUGACUGGGCCACUCCAACACAUGAAUAGGAUUUAAUGUAAACCAACGAUUUGUGUUGCUUUCCCAGGGAAUAAUUUAUUUUGUUUUCGGGUCGUCUACAUGGUUUGUUCCCAGCUGAACUUUUGACUUGCCGGUCUUCCACACACUCAGGAUUGCACUAGAUUACAUUUUAGGCGAUCAAGAGUAAACGGGACUGAAUACAAAUGCACACCACACUUUUUAGAUUCAUUUGCAAAUAAAAGGCAUCCACUUCACAGUUUUGCCCAACUUUGUGUUGGUCCAACACGUAGUAACCAUGGUAGUCUGUGUUGGUAACGUGACAAAAAAUGUAAAAAGGUGUGAAUACUCCGUGUUAGUGUUUUGAUACUGUCUCUCACAAAGUGUCUGGGACAGGCUGUGCUCAACAAGCACAAAAAGGUGUUCAAUGAAACUAAAGUGUUCUUCAGAGUGUUUAGCGCCAUCUUGCGGAUGUAGUUGAACCUGCCUCGUUUUGUGCCAAAUUUAAUUCAGGGAGUCUCCUCCUCGUCCUCCUGUUCUGACCGUGUCAAGGUUCAGCUCAGGUCGGUCUUGACUUUGCAUUAGGUUUAUAAACACCAAAGCAGAUUUUGAUCUAUUCUGAAACACUGCAGUGAUUUAAAAAGAAUUUUUUAAAAAAAACAAAAAUGUUCUAUUUUUAGGUAAAUUUUGUCAGCACUUAUUGGGCCCGUUUUUCUCACUAUGUUUGACAUUUUCUUUAUUUUUACAAGAAAACACGGGCCUGUUUCAACUAAGUACUUAUAAACUGAAGCUCUGAUAUCCAAACAAAGUAAAAAUGCACCAAUCAGAGUUUUGUGGCCAAUUUUUGACAUAGUUUUUGUAAAAAUCUAUGUGAAUCUACUUUUUUUGUGAAAGCUCUUACAUAGGAAAUGUUUUUUUAUGUGUGUGUGGCCUUCCUGUUACGAGUGAUCUUUAUUUAUACUGCAACAUCACAGUCAGUGAGCGAGAGAAAGAGAGGGCUGUCUUAGAAAAACAGAUGUUUACUGUUUUAAAAUCAAGAUUAAAUUAUUACAGUAGUGAUAUUUUUUGAAGUAUUAGCACUUAGCCCGGGAAACCAAAAGGGCAGCAAAUAUUUCCAAAUCCAGUUUAUUGCAAGCCAGAUAAGGUUGAAAGCUUCAUGAGAUAAAAACUGAGUGAACCAUAAGUCAUAGGAAAUAAUUUCCUUUUUAAAUGGCUUCUUCGAAAACAGCUAGCUUUGAGUCUUCACUCAAUAGCAACGUCCACACCGAAGGGUGUGGCGAAACCUCGGCACUUAAGUUUCUACCUACGUGUGCGGUUCUUGACGUCAGACGUUUUCUUUUCGCAUGUUUAAAACUUUUCACCGAGGGUGAGGAUAUCGUCACGGCGACUUUAAUUCGUCCGUCUGAUCACGAAAGAACUAGAAAAUAUCGCGAAACAUCCGAAUAUGAACCGAAAAACUAAAGGACUUUUUCACAAAGACGAAACAGAAUUCCAGCUGCUUUGCAAAAAGCCAGCCCCCCUGCAGUUGUGUUGCAUCUUAGCCGUCCUCCUGUCGUACGUUCGGAGGCGGCCAUAAAAAAAAUCGAACCAAACAUGUGACAGUGUGACUAUGUGCAAUACAGAAUGACAUGUAUAUAGUUUUCUAAACACAAAAUGCCAUGUUAGAAGUUCAGAAAUGUACAAAUACCUUGAUUUAUAUAAAUAUAUAAUUUUCUUUUUAUCAGUUAGAAGAUGCUGCUUAUCAUUGUGGUUAAUAUUAUUUACAUGACGUGUUCCAUCUCCUGGUUCUGUUACAGUUUUAAAGAAUGAGUGUUUGUGCUCUGGAAGUCUCUAGCCGGGUUUUGUGGCGCAUGUGGCCACUCCACGACGAAGUAGGCGAAUGUGAUGAUGAUUAUGAUGAUGACGAUGAUGAUGAUGACGGCGGUGGUGGGUGUUUGCAGAACAUUGGCGGUUGGGCUUCUGGACUCCUUCGGCCGGGCUGGUCCCGACCGGCGGAGACCGGAGCGGUUCAGAGGAAGACGGAACCGAAACGUCAGAUAAAAAUGUGUUAAUGCAGGUGGAUUCAGUUAUUUCAUCCGUAAAUGUUGCCUUCUCUCAUACACAGAGCUCCAAAACGGUUCGACAAAACGUCCUGUUGUUUAUCCCGAGACGUCAGCGUCGUCCGUCUAGAGUCGGAGUUCUGCUUCUCACCGUCUCCCGUCGUUUCGCUGUUUGACAAUCACCAGAUCAGCAGAUGGUCUCUAUGAUGCUGAACUGACUUUUGAAUUAUUCAUCUUAAUCGGUUGAAACCAAACCGCUCCUAAAACUUUAUUCUCGCGAUUUUAUUAUCAGAAAGUCACAACCGUUCAAGUUCUUUUUCCUGGGUGACGGAAGCUGUGGGUUCAACGUGGCUCCGCACAAGAGUGUGUUGGUUUGUUUCUGCUUGACAAUGUUUUUUAUAUCACUUUUUGUUCACGUAAAUGUGUCUUCGUUUUUUUUUUUUUUUUUUUUUUCUAUCCUAAGCAACACAAUCUUAAGACUGCCUUGUUUUUUGUAGGGUUUUUUUUCUUCUUUUUGUCUCUUGUUUUUGCUGUGGGGAGUCUGACAGAGAGAGCGCGCUCUGUUUCACUGUGUUCACACCUUACCAAAAAAAUCCCAUGAAAACCACACAAGUGGUUCACAUAACCUUUCACAUGUGAAAGCACAUAUAUAUGUGAUUUUGGACAUUUUUGUGGUAAAAUCACAUGUGAAAAUGUGGGAGUCACAUGUGAAAACAUGGGAGUCACAUGUGAAAACAUGGGAAUCACGUGGGGGGGUUUCCACAAAAUAUUGCAAAAUCGCACACAAACGUGAAAUUUUGUGUGAACCACAUAUUCAUUUUUAUGUGGCACAUGAUUUUCAGAUGUUAUUUUUGCACGUAAAAUUGAUUAGAUGUUUAUCACACAUUCAGUAUAAUCACCCAAUCUUUACAUGGCAAAAAAAUCUGAUCUUGUGUGGUGCACAUGCGAGAAAUAUGUGACGUGUGCGAUCCCAUGUUGAGCAAACCAUGGGUCACACAAACAAAACACUUCCUCACAUGUGGAACAUGUGAAUUUCGUGGGAUUUUUUUCGUAAGGGCACGCAACAAACAUUCCUCUUCUUCUGAUCCAGAACAAACAAGCCGACCAGCAGAACCCAGAGAAUAUAAGGAGCAAGGACAGAGAAUUAUAAGGACUGAAGUUAACGUUUCCAUCCAAUCCAAUGCAGAUUGAAACACCCAGAUUGAGUCGUUCACUUAUUUUUCUUCAUCUUGACUUCAUGUCGCUGCAACCAGACAUGCGUAGGUGAAAAAGUGUGAGACCCAGGCUUUUAUAAAUUUGUCUUUUGCUUGAUUUUUACAUUUCAUUCGAUAGGCUAGCUACACAGCAGCAGCUAUAACUUAAUGUGAAAUUACCAGGUUUGUUUUGAUGAACGUGUUCAGCGCUAGUUUCAAACCGGACUGAAGCCGACUUCAUGCAUGUAAACGCCGCCGGCUGUGACAGACAGAAAUGAAGCCAACUAAUCAGAAUUGUGUUUUAACAGUGAUCAAAGGCUGGUGCUGCUCUGUCAUUGUUCCCCAGUGCCGUCUGUUGUUCCGUCUUCGUUAACCCGGGCCGCCUUCCCUGUGGGCAAAGACGGCUUCAGAACAAGCGAACGCCACAAAGUGUGUGUCGUGUUUUCCUGGAUGUGUGUGUUACAGAGUUACGACUGACAAUCUCCAACUUACUUUGUCCUCUCAUUUCCUUAAGGCUUUUAUAAACCUUCAGUUUAUAUUUUUUACUCUAAAGCACUUAAGUUGUUUUGUUUUGUUUUUUUUUUGCCUCUCCUUUGUGUUUGAUACAAUCUUGUUACUCUUAAGAUUUAUAUUUAUACAGAUAUACAUAUUUUUGGUAUCUUCUUAUCCUCUUUUGUCUUUUUUCCCAAGUUUUGUGCUAAUGUUGAAAAACCAUGAACGCAGUAUUCAUGGAUACAUGUUGUAAUUUUGACCUUUUUUUUUUUUUUUUACAUUCAAGUAUGAACUGAGAAAUUGUAAAAAUACUUUUAAUGUCCUGGUGUGUAAAAUGUAUGUGUAAAUUAAAUUAACCAACUUGAA